GAAUUUGACCCCCAGCAGGAGCGGGACUUUUACAAAACGCUCUCCUUGUUGAAGAAGAAGGACCCCCGCAUUUAUCAGAAAGAUGCCACCUUCUAUAACAGAACAGGUCCGGGGCCACUCCUGUCUAAACCUCUCCUUCCUCAGGAGCAGAAUCCGGGGUCCUUUCCUGACUGUGGAUUCCGAGAAGUGACUUCUCUGAGCCUCUUUUCCUGUCUGUAAAGUAUAUCUAACGGUAGCAUCUCCCCUCAGGGCUGUUUUAAGGAUAGAUUGGGAUUUACCCAGUUUACACAAUUCAUCUGUUUUGACUAUUGAAUGAAUUGCUUCACAAGUCACAAGUCCUUAGCAGAGCCUAGGUUAUUACCUGGUGGUGGGGUUAAUGACUUGUGUCCUUGGCACUGUUCAAGGUGGGAAUUGCUGACUGAAUGAUUCCAACUCCACCAGGCUGGGCAGGUGGUUCAAGCAUCUAAUCCCAGCACUUUGGGAGGCUGAGGUUGGAGGGUCAUUUGAGGCCAGGAGUUUGAGACCAGUUUGGCCAACAUAGCAAGACCCCAUUUCUCUCUUUUUUUUUUUUUGAAAUGGAGUUUCACUCUUGUUGCCCAGGCUGGGUUGCAGUGAGCUGAGAUCAUGCCAUUGCACUCUAGCCUGGGCAACAGAAUGAGACUCCACCUCAAAAAAAAAUAAGUAAACAAAUAAUAACAACAAUAAUAAUAAAGCAGGAAUUACUGACUGAGUGACCCCAACCCCACCAGAUGGUGACAAGCACAAUACUCUUGGACAGCUGGGAAUUGGUGGAUUUGGGAUUUGAAUCCUCUGUCUAACCUGGCCCUGCCCUGUGGGAUUCUCUGCCAGGGCAAAGAAGGGGGUUGUGGGUGAUGGCAGUGUCUUUUGGUGGGUUAACAGCAUCGUCAUCAGACAGUCAGGAGGAGCCAGCAGCCUUGGAGAAGCAGAAGAAAGUGCGGCCCAUGUACCUGAAGGACUACGAGAGGAAGGUUAUGUUGGAGAAGGCAGGCAAAUACGUCGACGAGGAGAACUCAGACGGGGAGACUUCCAAUCACAGACUCCAGGAGACCUCGUCGCAAAGUUAUGUGGAAGAACAGAAACAGCUCAAGGAAAGCUUCCGGGCAUUUGUGGAGGACAGUGAGGACGAGGACAGUGCUGGGGAGGGCGGCUCCAGUUUGCUGCAGAAAUGUGCCAAAACCAGGCAGGAGAAGGCCCAGGAGGAGGCUGACUACAUCGAGUGGCUGAAGGGACAGAAAGAGAUUCGGAACCCAGAUUCCCUGAAGGAACUGACCCAUCUCAAGGAAUACUGGAACGACCCUGAGUUGGAUGAAGGGGAGCGGUUCCUGCGGGAUUACAUCCUCAACAAACGCUACGAGGAGGAGGAAGAGGAGGAGGAAGAUGAGGAGGAAAAGGAGGAAGAGGAGCGGGUCCCCGGCCCCCCAGUCCAGCUGGCUGUGGAUGACUCCUCAGACGAGGGGGAGCUGUUUCUGAAGAAACAGGAGGACUUUGAACAGAAGUACAAUUUCCGUUUCGAGGAGCCGGACUCAGCAUCGGUCAAGACCUACCCACGCAGCAUCGCGUCCUCCGUGCGCCGUAAGGAUGAGCGCAGAAAGGAGAAGAGGGAAGAGACUCGGGAGCGAAAGAAGAGGGAGAAAGCGAAGAAGCAGGAAGAGCUCAAGCAGCUGAAGAACCUGAAGAGGAAGGAGAUUCUGGCCAAGCUGGAGAAGCUGCGGAAAGUAACAGGCAACGAGACGCUGGGCCUCGAGGAGGGGGACCUUGAAGACGACUUUGACCCUGCCCAGCACGACCAGCUCAUGCAGAAGUGCUUUGGGGACGAGUACUACGGGGCCGUGGAGGAGGACAAGCCACAAUUUGAGGAAGAAGAAGGGCUUGAAGACGACUGGAACUGGGACACGUGGGACGGGCCUGAGCAGGAGGGAGACUGGAGCCAGCAGGAGCUGCACUGUGAGGACCCCAACUUCAAUAUGGACGCCGACUACGACCCCAGCCAGCCGAGGAAGAAAAAGCGCGAGGCCCCCUCGAUGGGCAAGAAGAAGCGCAAGUCGCCCUUCGCCGCGGCCGUGGGGCAGGAGAAACCCGUGUUUGAACCCGGGGACAAGACAUUUGAGGAGUACCUGGAUGAGUAUUACCGGCUGGACUACGAGGACAUCAUCGACGACCUGCCCUGUCGCUUCAAGUACCGCACAGUGGUGCCCUGCGACUUUGGCCUCAGCACUGAGGAGAUCCUCGCUGCUGACGAUAAGGAGCUGAACCGGUGGUGCUCCCUGAAGAAGACCUGCAUGUACAGGUCAGAGCAGGAGGAGCUGCGGGACAAGCGGGCGUACAGCCAGAAGGCCCAGAACUCAUGGAAAAAGCGGCAGGUCUUCAAGUCACUCUGCCGAGAAGAGGCAGAGACACCCGCGGAAGCCACAGGGAAGCCACAGAGAGACGAAGCCGGCCCACAGAGGCAGCUGCCAGCCCUUGAUGGGGCUGGCGGGAAGCGGCCCCGGCCGGAGAGUCCCCCAGCACAAGAGGAAGCCCCUGUAUCACCCCACAAGAAGCCAGCCCCCCAGAGGCGGAGGAGGGCCAAGAAGGCACGGCUGCUGGGCCCCACUGUGAUGCUUGGUGGACGCGAGUUCAGCCGCCAGAGACUGCAGGCCUUUGGCCUCAACCCCAAACGGCUGCACUUCCGCCAGCUGGGCCGGCAGCGGAGGAAACAACAGGGGCCCAAGAACAGCUCCUGAGCAGCAGGGAGCAGGCAGGGGCCUCAGGCUCCUCCCCUCAAAUCAAGCCCUGGACAGGUCUCGCACCCACAAGUACUAUCUGCUGCAGAGAACCUCUCAUCUGUGGCCAGGCACGCCUGUAAUCCCAGCACUUCGGGAGGCCGAGGUGAAAGGAUCACUUGAGCCCAGGAAUUGGAGACCAGUGUGGGCAACUUAGUGAGACUCCAUCUCUACAAAAUGUGGUGACACAUUCCUGUAGUCCCCGCUACUCAGGAGGCUGGGGAACGAAGAUCACUUAAGGCCAUGAGUUUGAGGCUACAGUGAGCUAUGAUUGCACCACUGCACUCCAGCCCGGGCAACAAAGCAAGACCCUGUCUCUUGGGGGGAAAAAAAAAAAAAAAAAAAAAAAAUUAAAAAACACGUGUAGCUGCGGG